GUGUCGCGAAGCGAUUUUCAGUUACUUAAAAGUGCGGGAUUCAUAUACCGCGGAGAAGAGUGGGUAAACUUUGGUAAUGUCGCCUUUAUUGUGUAGCGGGAGUGUCCCGAAAUGCAGUGCUUUCCUGGAGAAUAACAUGCUACACCGUCCCUCUGGAAAAAUAACUCACUAUAUCGUUCCUUUGGACGAAUAACUCGCUAUAACGUCUCUCUAGUAGAAUACCGCCGUUUACUUCCCCCUUGGCGGCUCUGCCUCGCUCAACACCCGACCCUGUUCCCUGCGCCCCUUCGGUAGCUUUAAGGACGGCUUGCCUCGGCACAUUCCCACACACACAGACCCUUUGGGAAAUAAAAGUGGAUAUGAUCCUCUGUCGCUCUAGCCUCGGCUGUUUGAGCUCCUGUGACAGUGUUUAUUAAUAUUUACCGCGGUCUUAUGAGUGCAGUGCCUGGAAUGCACCGACUCAGAAACCCGAGGACUGCCUGCAAAACUCGCAGCUUUUUAAAGACAACUUCACUGGGCUGGUGGGGGCGCGAGCAACCUGACGCUGGCAAAGAGGCCGCGUGCUCGCGAUGUGCCGCGCAUGCAGAUGUUACAGAUGUUACAGAUGCCGGAAGUGCCACCCCAGGCAAACGUGCCCAGAAAUAGUGGCUAUGGUGGAGGUCCAGCUGGAGAGCACGGACAGCUACCCAGCCGGGCUGCUCAUCGCCUUCAGCGCCUGCACCACUGUGCUGGUGGCUGUGCACCUUUUCGCGCUGAUGAUCAGCACCUGCAUCCUGCCCAACAUCGAGGCUGUCAGCAACGUGCACAACCUCAACUCGGUGAAGGAGUCACCACAUGAGCGCAUGCACCGCUACAUCGAGCUGGCCUGGGCCUUCUCCACCGUCAUCGGCACGCUGCUGUUCCUGGCCGAGGUCGUGCUGCUCUGUUGGGUCAAGUUCCUGCCCAUCAAGCCUCCGUCGGGUGAGGCCAAUGGCACCGUCAGCUCUGGGAAGGCAGCUGCGAUCGCCUCCACCAUCAUCAUGGUGCCCUUUGCCCUGAUCUUCAUCGUCUUCGCCGUGCAUUUCUACCGCUCACUCGUCAGCCACAAGACGGACCGGCAGUUCCAGGAGCUGGAGGAGCUGUCUAACAUCACACGACUACAGAACGAGCUGGACCACAGAGGGGAGGCGGCCAGUGUCUCGCACUUCCCAUAGCAGCUUGCAGGGGGGAGCCAGCUCUGAAGACACCUGCAGCCGUGAAUGUUUGCGCUGCACAAAUACGUAUCAGCUGUGUUCUGCUCUUAUUCUGUAUACUAACCCUUAUUUCCAUUUGGUUUCUGUUUGGUUUCUGUUGCGUCUGCAAAAUAGCCAGCCCAUAAAGAAUGCUCCCCCUGAUUUAUUUAUGGUGAAAUGCCAUGAUUUCUGAUGUGGUGUUUGGUUUUCACAAAGCAGUAAUUUUAUUCCAGUGGCCAACAUAUAUCUCUGUGUGUUACAGCUUUUAAUUUCUUUUUCUUUUUAUUAUUAGUUGUUGAAGCAGGUGUUGCGCACAAAGGCAUGCCUUGUUAAGAUGUCAUGUGGUCAUUACAGUUUUCUGCCACUACUGGGCCAUAUAUGAUCACAGAUAUUGCAUUAGGUUAUGCAUUGAAUGAUAGUGACCACUGGUGGCACAUUUCAAUACGCAGGGGAUAAUUGUGUUUUCUUGACUGUUUUUCUUUCCUCCAUCACUGAUAGAUGAGGGUCAGAGAAAAAAUCCUGGGGAUCAUGGAAAAAUGCUUUCUAGAUGUCCGUCAGGCGUCUAAACAGCCUUGGCUCGUCCACACACACACAUCUGUAGCAGUCAGGUGUUCCAAUCGCUACGUCUGUUAUGAUCGUUAUUGAUAUUCAUGUCACUCCUUGUAUGUGUUCAUUAGUCCUGUCACUGGCACUGACGGUGAGACUGUUUUCUACAUCUACAUAAAUCUGGGUUUUUCCCCUGUGUGACUGUCGAACAGAAAUGCAGCUCUCUGCCUCUUCUUUCUCUGGAAGCACUGAGAGCAGCUUUCCAGCAUUUUUUAGUGCAUUCUGCGAUCGGUGCAGCUAACUGCCCCGCCUACCUACUGUUUUUAUUUUUAUUACCACUGUUGUGAGUAGACGAACUGCAAAGAGCCUUGAAAUAUGUCAAUAGCUUAGCUGCUAACAAAUCUUCAUUCAAAUGUAAAUGUGUUUAUAAGUAGGGCGGCCUGGCCUGGAAAUCUGGGCCAGCUUAUACUUUGCUAGUGCUGUGACCCUCUAGUGACAUCUGGUGGUAAAUUUGUGGCAAUCUGCAACAUGCCUUUUUAAGUAGGAUCAGGGUUGUGUCGGAUCUGCGAUAUUUACAGAUGAAACUAAGAUCUGAGCCAAAACUGAUGAUAUUGCUUGUUUUGCCAUGAAAUAUGAUCAGCAUCUCCAAAUGCGAGUUUUGCCAAAAUAUCAAUGCCGAAUGAUUUCAGAGUAAAUUUAUAAUGUUUAUGAUGUGCUCAUUUUUAUUGUCACUGCUUAGGCUACUGAAAGUGAUUAACAUGCAAAUCUGAAAGACUUGUGCACUAUUUUAAAAAUAGAAACAUGCCCUUUGUAAUCGCUCUGGUUAAUGAUUGUCUUCACUUGCCAUGUUUCGUCAUUGCGAAGGUGAGCAGUGCCUCAGUCUGCAAAGCACCAGCAUCUGUUUCAUUGUCACUCUGUGUUGGGUAACAGAUGAAACUGAAACAUUGUAAAUCAAUAAUUUACACAAGUAAAUUAUAGCAAAAGUGUGUUCAGACUUAAACAGGUGAAUAUAUCGAUAAGUGUAAAUAAAUCUUAAAUACACUUCA